GUGCCGCCGCCUUCCCGCCUGUUGCCCCGGGCCUGGUGGCGGCCGCGGCGGUCGGCGCCGCGGCGGCCGCGCCCGCGGGCGGCGGUGCCGGCGCGCCCGUGGUGCCUGGCCUGGCGGCGCUGCCCGGCCUGCCAGGCUUCGGAGGCGGCGGGGCUGCUGGGGCGCCCCCGGCGGGCGGCGCCGUGCCUGACGGCGGAGGUGCUCCCCCCGGCGGCGUGGGCGCCGCGCUGGUGGGCGCGCUCGCGGGCGGCGGCGGCGGCCCUCCUGGAGGCCCUCCUCCUGGUGCGGUGCCGGGGGCCCCGGCGAUCCCUGGUGUGCCGAUCGCGGUGGCUGGCGGUCCCAUCGCCCCAGCGGGCGGCGCGCAGCUGGGACCACUCGUGGACGGUCCGUGGCGUCAGGCCGUGAUUCUGAUUGGCGCCGACUGGCGCCGAGGGGUGAAUCUCGAGCUCUCGACCUUCGACGCAGCUGGAGGCAUCAGCGGGACGGCCCUCUUCGAGGUAGAGGAGAUCGGCACCACGGGCCCCUCAGGGCAGUACCUGAGCGCCCAGUUCAGGGGGGCGUCGCUGGCGGCCGAGGCGAUGCGGCUGGACGGCCUGUUCCCACCGCGCGGCACCGGGCCUGCGGGCCUCCUGCACUUGCGCGGGCAGGGACCGGCGCUGUGCGGGGAGCCCGCUGUGCCAGGCCGAGGAGUCCUGCAUGUCGAGUGGCUGCGGCUGCGUUCGAACCGCGGGUUCGUGGAGCCGUGGGUGCGGCCGAGCGCCUUCGGUGGGCGCGGCGGCGGCGGCGCCCUGGCGGGGGGCGCCCCAGCCGGGGGCGCGGCCCCCGACCGCCUGGCGGCAGCUGCCGCGGCGCGCGCGCAGGCCGCCACGGCGACGCCUGGCCGCGCUGGUGGCGGUCGCGGCCGCCGCCGCCCCCGGAGCUCCUCAGCCUCGCGCGGCGACGACGACGGUGAGUCGCGUUUUCGCGAGGCCCCCUCCCGCGGCGGCAGCGUACGGCUGCUGGCGGAGAAGCGCCCAGGUGCCCUGUACGACGAGGCGAUGAAGAACAUCGGGCGCGUCAUGGGCCUGCGGGAGGGGGCGGACGGCUCAGAGGUUCGAGCGAAGGUCGUGGGCUACCUGCAGGCCGUGGUGUUCGGCCAUCACCCUCCAGGGCAGAUGCGGAUCAACACUCAGCGGGAGCUGCAGACGCUGGCGACCGCGCUGGACCUGCUGGAGUGUGGGUGCCUGGCGGAGUUGAGCGACGUGUUGAUGCAGCGCUUCAAGGCUCUGGAGCUGUCGCUGUCCGACGCGAGCUGGCAGGUGGCGAGCGAGCUGGAGAUCGUGCCGGACGCGCGGCCCUCGCUGGCCUCGAUGGGCGAGCAGGGCCUGGCGCGGCGGGCGGCACUGCUGCGCAGGAGGCUGAUGGACGCGAAGAGCCGCGGCGCCCUCGGCGGCAAGGGCGCAGCGCGCUCAGGCAGCGCGGGCAGGUCGCCGUCUCCGGGGGCGCUGAGGACGCCUCGAGGCGACAGCCCGCGCCCGAGGGCGGCGGACGGGCCGAGGCGUGUCUCGCUGGCGACGAGCCCGGAGCGCCACGUCUUCAGGCAGGACCAGCCCGCGGCUGCGGCGGCAGCGGGCCUGCAGCUAGCGCCCUCGUCGUGCCAGCCGGCCUGUGGUACGGAUGCCGACUGUGACGGUGAUCCGCUGGCAGAGUGGCGCGAGUGGGCUGGCGCGGCGAGUGAUCUUCUGCGAGAACCUUUCGACGUGGGCCCCGUGUUGUUGAACAUAGUCCGCCAGUUCCCAGGCUCCUUCGGUCGCUUCACUAGAUAUUCCCUCGAGGUAAAGCCACGCGAGCAUCCGGCCGACAUGGGAGGUCGGCUUCAGCGAGAUCUGUUGCCGUUACCAUACCCUUCGAUCACCAGGUCCCAGAUCGUCCAGCAGGGCGAGGACCCUGUGAGCGACAAGGAGUGGGAAGGACUACGCUGCAGGCUGGUGGUCACUGUCCUGGCGCUACACUGGGAGUCUGGGUUCCGCUCCCUGAAGCUGGCCAGGCCCUGCCGAGGUCGAGUCAACGCCGCGCAGCAGGCAGCCCUGGUCGCUCUCGGCCGCCGCCUCCUCUUGGCUACGCGGGCCGAGUCUGCUUUGCCGCCAGAUCUUGACUGGAACGUGCGGCUGAAGGACCGCAAGAUCGGCUGCGGCGGGGACGAGACCUCGGCCCCGCAUCGGCUGACGCUGGAGCAGGUGCUGGACGGGCUGCCUCCGCCGGGCGUCGCGGCCUCCAUCGAGGCGGCUGACCUCGCAACGGGGUUCGUGCCGCGGGAUGGCGUCGGCGAUCCCGAGCAGCGAGAUUGCCGCGACGGAGCCCCGCCCCUGAACGGGGCGUUCGGGGUGCCCAAGCCCCACGACGAGCCCGUGGUCUGCAGCGACGGCGAGCGCAGGCCGGUCCUGAGGCUGAUCACCAACCUCAUCCCCUGGAACGCGUGCCAGGAGUGCAUCGUGGGAGACACCCCUGAGAUGCCGACCAUGAGCCAGCUGAACGGCCUGGUGCUGACCGAGUCGGAGGAUAUCCUGUGGAGCGGCGCGGACAGAAAGUUGCUUGGCCUGAAGGACGGUGGGACCACGCACAUCUGCCUGCGGGUGAUCGGCAUGGGCUGGAUCUUUGCCGUGGGCGUGACGACCCACCUCCACCGGAACAUGCUGCGGCGGAGCGCCUCUGUCCCUCGCGGCCUGCCGCCCAGCCAGGAGAUUACUCGGCGCCGACGGCUGCCGUUCAGCGUGGAGAAGCCGUGCCCUCCGGCGUGGAUGGUCUACAUUGACAACCUGGAGGUCGCGGAGGUCGUGAGCAAGUCCGAGGCCACGACGCUGCGAGGGACGGUGCCCGAGCUCAUAUCCGAGGCUCGCGCCUGCUAUGCGGCUGCGGGCUCCCCGGGGUCGCCGGCCAAGGACAUCCAUCGAGUGCCGCGAGCGACGACCGUGGGGGGGCUCAUCGACGGGGUCGAGGGCGUUCGGCGGCCCCCUGCGGGUUACCUUACCGAGAUGGCCAGCCUCACGCUGUGGACGCUGAGCAAGAAGCGGGCCAGCAUGCGGCUGGUGCGCAUUCUGCUGGGCCGCUGGGUUCGCGUUCACUGCUUUCGGCGGCCACUGGCGGCCAGUUUUGGCUACACCUGGAAGUGGCUCCGGAACCCGCGCACUGGCGGCCGCUUCAGCGUGAGCGUGGUCGAGGACCUCUUGAUGUGCCUUGCGCUGUCAGGGCUUUGCGUCGCUGACCUGCGCCUCGAAGUCGACCCCCUGGUGACCGCGUCGGAUGCCUCGGAGGCCGCUGGCGCCGUGGUCUACGGCUACGCCCUCUCCGACCGCGGGCGCGCGCUGGCCGAGAGGCGGCAGCGGCCCGCGAACGCCGCCUGCGAGGAGGAGACCGCCCUCGUGAUUGUCUUCGACGGCAUCGGCGGCGGGCGCCGGGCUUUCGAGAUCCUCGGACUGGCCCCUGCCGUGCACCUGUCAUUCGAGGUUGACCCCACGGCGGUGCGGGCGGCCCGGCGCAGCUACCCCAGCACGCAGCACAUGGGGGGCGUGACGGAGGCGGACCCGGCGGCCCUGGCAGCCCUGCUGCGCGCCCGAGGCCGGGUGUCGCGUGUGCUGGUGGUGGGCGGCUUCCCGUGCCAGGUCUUCGCGGGCCUCAACGUUGCUCGGCAGGGUCUCGACGACCCGCGCGCGGGCCUGGUUGACCACAUGGUGCGGAUCGUGGACGGGCUGCGGAAGGCCAUGCCGGAGGCGUCGAUCGACUUCCUCGGGGAGGACGUCGCGUCGGUGCCCGAGUGCGACGUGCUGCGCCUGAACCAGCUCUUCGGCCGCAUCCCGCUGGAGAUUGAGGCGGCGGAUGUCGGCUGGGUCAGACGUCCGCGGCUCUACUGGGCUUCGUGGGACCUCCUGCCGUCCUUCGAGGCUGAGCCCGUCGUAGUGCGGGCCAAGACCCAGGACGUUCGGCGCGCCUGCAAGGUGGCGCUGAAGGCGGAGCGGCCGCCGCUCGAGGAGUGGCUCCCGCCUGGGGCUGUGUGUCCGGGUCCCGCUGCAGGGGAGCCGCUCCCGACCUUCGUGCGCUGGACGCCGCGCUCGCAGCCGCGCCCCAGGCCUGCGGGCAUCGGGGAGUACAGCGCUGCUGAGCUGGCGCGCUGGGAGGCGGCGGGCUUCGCUUCGCCGCCCUACCAGUUCCGUGACAAGUGGUGCAUCCACCAGGCGGAUGGCCGCGUGGAGCCGCCUGACGCGACCAUGCGAGAGAAGCUGAUGGGCUUCCCGGAGGGCCACACCGCGCCGUGCAUGACGAGCAGCCAGGCGAAGGCCGAGGCCGCCAAGUACGAGGCUCUUCGGUGGUCGCUCGUGGGCAACUCCUUCCAGUGCGAGGUCGUGGCCUGGAUCACCAGCCACUGGGCCGUCGGAGCUGGGCUGCUGGUCUCGGUGCCCUCGCUGGGUGAGCUGCAUGAGAGUGCGCGAGCCUGGGCUGGUGGCAGGAAGCUGUGGGCCGGCGACGUGACGUCGCUGCGGUGCGGUCGCUCCGAGAUCGACGAGGGCCUGCACGCCAAGCUGGACCAGGCUGGCGGGCCCAUCUACGUGGGUCGUGGGUCUCGCCGCUGGGGGCUGGCUGCCUCGCGGUGGGGCAACCCUUUCGCGAUCAGCCCCGAGCGGUCACGCGAGGACGCUGUUGCCCUGCUCGCUGGUUGGAUCCGCACGCAGCCCACCUUCCUGCAGAGCUUGGAGACGCUGCGCGGGGCCCUACUGGUCUGUCACUGUGGGCCCGACCAGGCGUGCCACGCCGACAUCCUCUUGGCGGAGUUGGCGAAGCGUGACGUGGUGGAGUGGCGCGAGGUGGACGCGUCCAGACGCAUCGCCAUGGGGCUCGUCAUGGCGUGCCACAACAACGGAGCAGCCAUCAUGACCGAUGGCGCCUCGGAGGCGCUCGGCAAGAUCUUCCCGCGGCAGGAGAUCGACUCAGGCAUUUGGCGGUGGCGCAAGGCAAGGCAGCUAGUGUGGGAUGCAGCAGAGCACAUCAACUGCGUCUUCCUGCACCUGCUCGACAGCAUGGUCAACAUCGGUGCGCUGUCCAAGCGCCGUUCCAGCAGUCCUCAGCUCAACAAGGUGGUGCGGACCUUCUCGGCGUGGGAGCUUGCGAUGGGCGCGCGGGCGGUCUUCGGCUUCACCCCUGCUGACCGCCGCGCCGCCAGAGCUGGACUGGGGAAGCUGAGAGACGUCAGGAUAAAGGCCUCGACACUGGCCCGCUACCGUGGCGCCGCUCAGCGUUUUGUUGACUACCUUGCUGCCAAUAACCUGCCGCUGCCUUUCAACUGGGACGAUAUUGAUAUCUGCCUGCAAGAUUAUCUUGAGCACUUGUGGGCCGAGGGCGCCACAGAAGGAGAAGCCAAUGACGCCCUCAGCGGCGUGCAGCACCUGCUGAGGACACGACGCCGCUAUCCUGGCGCUUGGCAGCUGCUGACAGUCUGGGGCAGACUGGAGAUCCCUCAGCGCGCGCCGCCGAUGCCUGCCCAGGUGUGCACGGCGCUCGCCGGUUGGGCGCUCAGCCGCGGAGAGGUGGCCUUCGCGGCCGUGCUGCUCGCGGCCUUCCAUCUCUGUCUCCGCACUGGCGAGGCUUUGGGGCUGAGCGGCGGCGUCAUCUUUCUGAAGCCCUGUGGCCGAGGCGCGGUGUCGCUGCCCUGGGCCAAGACCUCUUGCCAGAAGGGCGCGCGGGAGCAAGUCACGCUUGACGACCCGCUGGUUGGGGCAGUCGUCCAUGCGCAGCUCCAGCGCGACAGCCGGCUCUGGCCUGGCACGACGCGCGCCUUUCACGACUUGUUCCGUACUGGGCUCCAGCAGAUCGGUUGCAGGCACCUCGCCCUGUCUCCUUACAGCCUGUGGCGCGGAGGUGCCACGCAUGAGUUCCUGCUGUCGGGCGACUUGUCUAAGGUCAUGCUGCGUUGGCGCUGGAGCUCGGCAAGAACGGCAAAGAUAUACAUCCAAGACGGGGCUGCCAUCAUCGCAGAAAUGAAGCUCCAGGCCUGGCCCCAGUCUCCCGUGAUGGUGGCCGACCCCAGUCUGCGGAUGGUGGUCUGCGAAUCCAGCUCCGGCCUCGGGGUGCGGUCUGUGCUCUGGC